AAUCCAAUUGUCACAAGAGCGAAAACACCGGUCUAUGGAAUCAGUCUAUAUAGAUACGGUUGUGAUCGAAAAUUUGUAAAAAAAAAUCCUUCUUAACUCAUGUUUCGGAUCGUAGUUAACAGAUGCCGCCGAAAAACUACAGUUUUAUUCCUGCUUUUAGCAGGAAUACUGAUUCUGGUGCGGAAUAUUGCCCAACGAAAACGACGAGAAGAAGAAAUUCCAACAAUAGCUGUUUUAAUCAGCCAACGUGGUCAUCCGCAUAUACCUCAUUAUAUCUCCUCAAAACAUCUCUACAACUACACAGAAACUCUUCGAAUCCAAACAUUAAGAAAAACUGGAGUAUUUGCAUCUGUCAAUUCUGGUAGAGCAGAACAAAUCAAUAUCCAUUUAUGGUUCAACUUGUGUGGUUCAGAUUUGAGAACACUUCUCUACUUUCCAUGUUUUCCCAACGUCCCUUCAGCAAGAAAAUUAUAUCCAAGUUUAGAGAUUAAAAAUUUAGGGGAAAGCUAUGGGAAACGUGUAUUUGGUUUUAUCGUAGCUCCUGAAAGCACUGGGGUUUUAUUUCGUUUGAAAGCAAGUGGAACAGCGGAAUUCUGGCUCAGCUCAGACAAAAAUCCUCAAAAUUGUAGGAGAAUACUACAGAUUGCUUCACCGCAAGGCACAGACUUUCUAAUUAGUGAUGAGUUUAUCGAAUUAAAAAGGUCUAAUUUUUACUAUUUCGAAAUUCUACACAAGCAUGGUGGUAGCCGGGAAAAGGAUUUUAUUAGUUUAGAGUGGAAAUUUGGCGAAAAAAAUAAUUUUCAGCAAAUUUCAGCCAAGUAUUUUCAUGGAUAUCAAGAUGACCUUCACAUUGCAGGAGACGUCGUAAAUCCUAAAUCUUUCCCUUUAGCUGGUCUUAAAAUCCAUAGAAAAAAUAUCUCUGAGAGGGCAAAAGUUGCUAACGAGAUAUAUCACAGAGAAGACAUUUAUCAACUUCCAUUUUUCCCUCAACAGCUUAUAAAGGAUUUAUUUCCCAAGUGUCCUUAUAAGCCAAAGUAUUUAAUAAAACGCAAGUUGGAAAGAUAUGGUUCCAAAUGGGAGAACAUUUAUUCUUCAUUAUACCCAUCUGAUAAUUCUAAUGUCACAGAAUCAAAUGGGUUUGUUACUUUUGGUAAUGAUGUUCUAGGAGAGAGUGAAGCUUUGAAGGUCGUUGAUAUGGUGAAAAAGCAGUUUGUAGACAAAGGAUUGAGGGAUUAUGAGCUUCAGAAUAUCAUAAAUAUUGAGUCAAAACAUUAUCGGUAUCUUGUGGAAUUACAGUUCCGUAACAUCAAGACUGAAAAAAGCUUCCAAUUCUCAGAGUAUCUUUACUUGCCAGAAAGAAGCAGCAGUUUAUGCUAUCCUGAAGGUUUCAGCUGGAACAAGACCAGCAUGGUCAAUUUUUUGGUUACAUCUGGGCACAACCAGGCACGAUGGGUCUAUCAUUUCAUUAACAACAUGGACAAAAUUUAUAAGGAGACCAAGGAUGUCAAUUUUAAUAUUAUCAUCAAUGAUUUCCUGAGUCCUCAUGCAGAUUUGAAGCAAGCUUUAGAGAGCAGCUCAUUACCAAACUACAUGCUUUUAACUACAUCAGGGAGGUUCCAUAAAACUCUUGGUCUUCAACAGGCUGCCAAUGCUGUCACUGAUCCUCUUGGAAUCGUUGUUAUCCUGGACUUGCAUCUUGAUGUCCCUGCUUACUUUGUUGAUGAUGUGCGCAAGCAUACUGUCUUGGGACUUCAAGCCUAUUCCCCAGUACUGGCGCGUCUAGAGUGUGGCUCAAAUGCAGUAGUGAAGAUGGGUUCAUACUGGGAGUUCCAUGGAUAUGGAAUGGUAGGAAUAUACAAAAAAGACUGGGACAAGUUUGGAGGCAUGAAUAUUGAAGAAUUCAAGUACAAAUGGGGAGGAGAGGAUAUUGAAAUGUAUGACAGAAUACUAAUGGCAGGAUAUGAGGCAGAUAGGAAAAAAAUUGUAGGAUUACAUCAUUAUUUUCAUUCAAAGAAAGCACUUCUAGUAACCUCCCAGUGAAAUCUGGAGUUCCUCGAGGUGAUAUCUUGGGGCUGGUAUUAUUUGUAUUUAUGUUGAGUUGCAGAGCUAUAACAAAAUCACUGAUUAGAGUGAACAAAAAGUCAAUAUGUUUAUGGUAUAGCUUAAAAUUAAUUAUAAAAUACAUCUAGAUCAUUUAUUUUUGAAUUUUAUUCAACGCUGAACAGUUAUUUUAGUGAGAAAAGAAAGCAAAAAAAUAGUUUUAUAUGGAAGUCUCAAACAAGGUUCAGGUAAUGCUAUCUGUAUUAUUUAUUAUAGUGUUUACAAAUAAAUAGAUAAAUAGAAGAGAUUUAUAGUGUAAUAAAAUAACCAGCUCCAUUAUGGUUAUUUAAUGAUUGGUUAAUCAAGGCAGAAUGACAGAAAAUUAGAGAAUCCCCUUCCUACGAGAACCUACGAAAAUAAGCCCCUUGUCACAUGAUUCUUUUGUUCUGAGACCAAAAAGACACCUUGGGCAAAUUUAAGCGCAGGGCUUGUUUUCAGAGGUUUAUAGUAUUUGAGAAUUAUUUGCCGAAGGCAAACUGAAUAUCAAAUUUAACGAGACACAAGUCUUCUAGCAGAGGUAAAUAUUUCCCGAUAUUCACUGAGCCUUGCUUUAGUAUUUUUAACACAAGUGAAUAUAAUAAAUAAUGGGAGAGAGUUUAUUUCGUUUUUUCAAAUUUUAUUUAUCUCUGCAACUAGUGGCAAGAAUCGACAAAUGAGCAUGUGAGUGCGCACUUAAUUCACCUGUAAGUGAAUAUAGCAGCAUAAGAUGUAAAUAAUUGUUACCAAUGAGCGUGCCAGAUUUAUUAUAUCCACUUAUGUAAAAAUACUAAUAUGAAUUUUUCUUCCUGCCAUCCAACAAAGAUACCUUUAUAAUUAUAUGAGAAUAAAAGAUCUUCUGUAUCCAUUUUUGAUUUUUUUUCUACCAAUUUGGUGCCCAUAUUAGUAUA